CCCCUUUCUCCUCCGUUUCGCUGUCCCUUUCCAUUGAAGACGACGCCGACGACUUGGAGCGCACGGCGGAAGAGAAACCAUAGCACAGACAGGAAAAAUCGACACACUCAAAGGGAAACCGUAUACGAUCGAGAGAGAGAGGACAACCAAAGCGAAUCGAAAUCUCCAUCAAGUGAGGCGAAGACAGCGCCAGCGCCGCCCAUAGACCUCUUCCCUUCCUCCCCUUUAGAUUCGAUGUGACGAUUCCUCCUGCCCGAACGCUAAUCCCUUUUGAUCUUGAUUCCCUCCUCGUUCAAUCAACCCUAGCCCCCAAAAUUUGAUCUUUGUUUGCCCCCCCGUUCCCCUCCAUGGCCGCCGACGCCCCCGCUAAGUUCCGCUCGUCGGACCUCCUCCCUGCUGCCGGCGACCUCGGCGUCGUGCAGCACGACGGCCUCCGCUUCUGGCAGUUCAUGGUUGCCGGAUCCGUCGCCGGUCUCGUGGAGCACACCGCCAUGUUCCCCGUCGACACACUCAAGACCCGGAUGCAGGCGGGGUCGCCCCCCUGCCAGCCGCUGGUCGGCCUCCGCCAGACACUCCGCGCCGUCGUUAGCGCCGAGGGUCCCCUCGGUCUCUACCGCGGCGUCGGCGCCAUGGGCCUUGGCGCCGGCCCCGCCCACGCCGUCUACUUCUCCGUCUACGAGCUAUCCAAGGAAUCCCUGUCCAGAGAGAACCCCAACAAUCCGGCCGUCCACGCCGCCUCCGGGGUUCUCGCUACCAUCGCAAGCGACGCCGUAUUCACGCCCAUGGACACCGUGAAGCAACGGCUGCAGCUGAAGGGUAGCCCGUACAAAGGGGUCGUGGACUGCGUCUCCAGGGUUCUGACGGAGGAGGGGAUCAGGGCGUUCUACGCGUCGUAUAAGACUACCGUGAUCAUGAACGCCCCCUACACUGCGGUGCAUUUUGCAACUUAUGAGGCGGCAAAGAGGGCGCUGAUGGAGAUCUCGCCUGAGAGUGCGACUGACGAGCGUCUGGUGGUGCAUGCCACUGCUGGCGCUGCAGCAGGUGCCUUGGCAGCGGCUGUCACCACACCUCUUGAUGUGGUCAAGACACAGUUGCAGUGUCAGGGUGUUUGCGGUUGUGAUCGAUUCUCAAGCAGCUCUACAAGUGAGGUUAUACGGGCUAUAAUAGGGCGCGAUGGAUAUGUUGGCCUGAUGAGGGGUUGGAAACCUAGAAUGCUAUUUCAUGCACCAGCAGCAGCCAUUUGCUGGUCUACAUAUGAAGCAACAAAGUCAUUUUUUCAAAAGCGGAAUGACCAAAAGUGAUCAAAUCAUCUGAAGAUCUCACAGGGCUUCUUUUUUUUUUCUCGUCUUGUUAAUUUUUCUUCCUUAUAGUUCUUAAUCUUAUACAGAGAGAGAGAUGCAUCGUCGCCCGAUAAAAGCAAUCAUCCAUAAUGCAUGCUAUGGUAGCUGUUGCUAUCGAUGUGGAUUUAUUCCCAAUCCUGUUUGAAAAUUGUUGCAGCAUAAAUUUUCUUGCUGUUAAAAAUAAGUGCAAAUCAUGUUUCAA